CGAAGAAACGAGUGGCAUGGAAAAUACGUAAAAUAUACCUGGAAUUUACCUCUUUCUGGUAGAUCUGUCUCUAUAUAAACCCCAUCACCCUUUUGUCCUCCCACUAAAAGGCUCUUCUUCUCCAGCAACUCCAAGCAUCCUACACCCAAUAUUCGCCCUUCAUUAGCCCAACAAAAUCAGAGAGACAGAGAGGUGUGUUAAAUAUUAAUGAAGCUUUUCACAACUAUUUUCUAUUUAAUUAUGUUUCUAGCUUCUCUUUUAUCGUACUGUUUAUUCAAGAAAGAUAAAAGGAGGCACAAACAAACAGCCAGGCUUCCUCCAGGUUCAAUGGGGUGGCCUUGCAUUGGUGAAACUCUCCAAAUGUAUUCACAAGACCCCAAUAUUUUUUUCGCCUCAAAACAGAAAAGGUAUGGAGAUAUAUUCAAAACCCGAAUACUUGGGUACCCAUGUGUUAUGUUAGCAAGCCCUGAAGCAGCUCGUUUUGUGCUAGUGACUCACCCUCACUUAUUCAAACCCACAUACCCAAAAAGUAAAGAAAACUUAAUCGGACCUUCAGCCCUGUUUUUUCAUCAGGGGAAUUAUCAUGCUCGCAUGAGAAAGCUAGUUCAAACCUCAUUUUCUCCAGAAGCAUCUAGAAAGUUGAUCACCGAUAUUGAAAAUAUCGCCAUUUCUAGCCUUGAAUCAUGGUCAAACGGUCAAGUCAUUAACACCUUCCUCCAGAUGAAAAAGUUUGCUUUUGAGGUGGGAGUUUUGUCAAUCUUUGGUCACUUGGAGAAGAAAUAUACACAAGAGUUGAAGGAGAAUUAUAGCAUAUUAGAAAAAGGUUACAAUUGUUUCCCGACAAGCCUUCCAGGAACCGCAUAUCAUAAAGCUUUAAUGGCAAGAAGAAGACUUAAUCGGAUUAUUGGUGAGAUUGUCCAAGAAAGGAAGGAGAAGAAAUGGUUAGCAAGCAAUCUCUUGGGACAACUCUUGAACUUCAGGGACGAAAUGGGAAAUACAUUAAGUGAUGAACAAAUAUCAGAUAAUAUUAUCGGGGUACUUUUUGCAGCUCAAGAUACAACAGCUAGUGUCCUAACAUGGAUACUCAAAUAUCUUCACGAUGAUCCAAAGCUUCUAGAUUUUGUUAAGAAUGAGAAUGAACUUACUGAAGAAUUUCUACUGGUGGAAUACAUAAUGGCAGGCAGAGCAAAAGGCAAUAUGUGAAUCCGAAAAUGGAGAGGAACGGGGGUUGACUUGGUCAAAGACAAGACAAAUGCCUCUAACAUAUAGAAUAAUACUAGAGACUCUGAGGAAGGCAAGUAUUAUAUCUUUUACUUUUAGGGAAGCGACAGUUGAUGUUGAAUACGAAGGAUACCUUAUCCCAAAAGGGUGGAAAGUGAUGCCUUUGUUCCGGAACAUUCAUCACAAUCCUGAAUUUUUCACGGAUCCAGGAAUCUUUGAUCCCUUUAGAUUUGAGAAUCCUCCAAAACCUAAUACAUACAUGCCAUUUGGCAAUGGAAUACAUGCAUGUCCAGGAAAUGAACUUGCAAAAGUUGAGAUGCUUGUUUUACUUCACCACAUGCUUACAAAGUAUAGGUGGGAAUUGGUGGGUUCAACAAACUUUAUACAGUAUAGUCCAUUUCCAAUUCCAGAACAUGGGCUUCAAGCUAGAUUCAAGAAAGAAAUUUGACAGUUAAUAAUGUCUAGUGCAUACUAAAUACCCUACUUUUUUACAGGGUUUAGCUACAUGUAUUUAAUCCUUUCUGUAUAUCACAUUUGUAUUGUAUAUGUAUUCAUGAUAUAUAUAUAUAUAUAUAUAUAUAUA